ACGGUUGGUCAGGAAAAUCAGGAAAGUUUGUUAAUUUUGUUUGUUUCAGCAUGAAAUUUAAACCGUCUCUCCCAAAACCACACAGUGCACCUUUAAAGCUCAAUCUCAGUCAUUUCCAACAUCAGACCUCUCUCAGCCUGUUUUCUCUUCAGAGGGGAUAAAACACCCCCGAGAACAACCUCGCAGACCUUAAUGCGUAAUUUUGUCUGACACACACAUACACACACACACAUAGACAAACACGCACACACGCCCCAAACAGACGACAGAUGUUCCAAAAUACCACAGUAACAACAGCGCAGAUGCAGGCUGGGAAAUGCCCUGUGAGGUCUUCAUUGCCUCGGUUUAAAGCUGCUUAAGGCUUUUAAGAGCCGAAAACGGGCAACAAGCUGCGGUCGUAAGUUAUACGCGGUCUGAUUUCACAGGAAUCAGAGAGGGGGAGAGUAAAGAAAAGGUGGCCUGAGAGCGAAGGGAUGUGUUAUUUUUCCUCCCUGCGUGUUUCCUCACUCGAAGUUGUGCAAGAGUUUGUUUUUUUCUUUUCUUUUCUUUCUUGUUUUUUUUUUCCAGCGCUGCUCGCGUCUCUUUGUAGAUCAGCGUGACAGUCGGAGAGAAAGUGAGGGAUUCAUGUGUGGGAACUGCAGCUGGAAGGAAAAGUGCAGCUGGGAAUUUUUUAUUUAUUUAAUUUUUUUUUUGUGCCUGGAGCGAGACAGACGGGAGUUCUGUGGCGAGCGAAAUAAGGCAAGAGUUGGAGAAAGGAGGGAAGGGAAGAGGUAGAAAGAGAUGACAGGGGGAAGAGGCUGACAGGAGGAGAGAGAGAGACGGCUCGAUGAGAUGAAGGAGGAGCGAAAGUGGACUUUACUGAGCGAGCUGGAGCGAGGAGGAGACUAGAAGAUGUGACGGAGGGGAGAGAUGUCGAGGCGGGUCACACACGCUUCCACACCAAACACCUGUGCAGCCACGCUUCCUCUCCACCCUCCUCGCACUCACUCUCAGCCUACUUACCUGUCAUUUACACACCUGCACCCACGGUCUACACACACACACACACACACACACACACACACACACACACACACACACACACACUCGCUACUCUUUCUCUCUCUCUCUAACACACACACACACGCGCGCGCGCUGUCUCGUCCUCGGAGCAGCAGGUCCCUGGAAGCAGCCAAACUGUCAGUGACUGUUGCAAACACACGCUCGUUCUCAGCUCGGCUCUCUCUUCUGUCGCUGCCAAGGAAAGAGGAGGAGGAGGAAGAGGAGGAGGAGGAGAAGUGAGACUGAAAGGAACAGACUGAAACACACAGAUAGAGGAGAGAGAGAGAGACAGAGAGACUUGGACCACAGCCUCAGACUGCUUUACCUCUCGCCUGCGCCGUGUGAGAGACUGGAGGCAGCCGGCAAGUGAUGCGUCGCGCAUAGUCCGGACUUUUCUUCAGCUUCUUCAGGGUGUUCCUUCCUUCUCUGUGUCGCGAUGAUGAGGCGGGACCGCCUGUUCUUAGCCGCGACCCUCACAGCCAUCUUCUCCGCUGACCUCUACUUCAUCCUCCUGCCCAAGCUGCGGAGCGUGGGGCAGAGGUCGGGCCACUUCUGCCCGUGCGGUCCGGACAGCAACCUCACCCUCCCCAGGCACGGUGGUCUCGCCACCCCGCAGCUCUCCAACUGGACCUCUUCGCCGCCCCUGGAGAUCGCCACGGCCGAGCCCGCGGACGGGGGCUCAAAGCUGGGGAGGCUGUUCGCUCACCCCCUGUACAACAUCCAGCCUCCGACGCUGGGGCCGGAGGAGAGGCUGCUGCAGGUGGAGCAGCUGAUGGAGUACUACAGGAGGAAGGUGUCACGCUGGGAAAGGCAUAUGAAGGCCUACAGCGAGGCUGCAGCUGUGUCCAACAUCACUGUGACCGAACACGAGGUGACCUUUGACCCUGACGCAAGCUGGGUGAAGUUUCACCUGGGGAUAAACCGCUUCGCUCUGUACUCCCGCGAAGACCCCGCCAUCCCACAGCUCCUCAAGGAGAUGCAGAGCAUGACGGUCGUCAGUGCAGAUUACACUCAAGAUGAGAAAGCCCUGAAAGGAGCAUGUGAUUGUACCCAAGUUGUGAAGCCCAGCGGACAUCACCUGAAACUGGCUCUGAAGAUGCAGAACUUUGCCAAAGCUAUGUUCAAACCAAUGAGGCAGCAGAGGGACGAGGAGACUCCAGAAGAUCUCUUCUACUUUGUCGACUUUCAGAGACACAAUGCAGAGAUCGCUGCCUUCCACCUGGACAGGAUCCUGGACUUCCGGAGGGUCCCGCCGGUGGCUGGCAGGCUGGUGAACGUCACAGGAGAAGUCCUCCAGGUCACCCACAACGAAGACCUGCGCGCAGUCUUCUUCAACUCACCAGCGAACAACACGUGUUUCUUUGCCAAGUGCCUGUACGUGUGCAAGACGGAGUACGCGGUGUGUGGGAGCCCCGACCUGCUGGAGGGCUCCCUGUCCGCCUACCUGCCCGGCCUCAGCAUCGCCCCGCGCAUCUCCAUCCCCAACCCCUGGAUACGCUCCUACACCUUCACCGGACGAGAGGAGUGGGAGGUGAACCCGUUCUUCUGUGACACCAUAAAGCAGCUGUAUCCCUAUAACUCAGGCAACAGGCUCCUCAACAUCAUCGACAUGUCCAUCUUCGACUUCCUCAUAAGCAACAUGGACAGGCACCACUACGAGAUUUUUACCAAAUUCGGGGACGAAGGAUUCCUCCUCCACUUGGACAAUGCCAGAGGGUUUGGGAGGCACUCUCAGGAUGAGAUGUCCAUCCUGGCUCCGCUGUCGCAGUGCUGCAUGAUAAAGCGCUCCACGCUGGUGCGUCUCCAGCUCUUGGCCCGACCGGAGUACAGGCUCAGCGACGUGAUGAGGGAGUCCCUGGAGGGAGACCCGCUGCGCCCCAUCCUGACGGAGCCCCACCUCUUAGCGCUGGACCGCAGGUUACAGAAGGUCCUUGGCGUGGUGCAGAGCUGUGUCCGGAGGCUGGGCGAAGCCGAGGUGAUCACCAGGGACUUUGUCAAAUCCACAGCGAGACCUCAGGCUGCCACAGAGAAGAAAAAGGUCAGGUAACAGAGGACGGUCGCUCCUCCUCCUCAUCCUCCUCCUCAUCCUCCUUCUGGACAGCAAGCAAGACUUCAUGAUGAAGCGCAGAUGAAGGUGGUUUCGAUUUAAGGAACAAGCCAUACAUGGAAAGACGCUGUGAAAUCUUCAAGAGGGGCUUGUCAGAGAAGGAAGGAAUCUCUUUGUGGAGGUUCAGAACAUGAAUCACUGCCGGCCUCAAAUUCCUACCAGACCCCUUUUGUUUCCCUCAUGCUCCUACACUCAUUUUAGGACAGGAGUCUAAUCUUUCAUGUGCACUCACCGUCAGGAAUACAGUCAAUUUCAGCCCUUUGAAGAUCAAUUAAAAAUGACCACGUUGACAUGGAAAUGGAAACAGCAUCAGGGAAUAUUUCUGAGACACGUGAAGCCAGAGUUUAUAUUUAUUAAGGAUUAAAGAAAGAAAGUUUUGGGUGUCCAUGUGAUAUCAAAAUAAUUAAAUAAAGUUAUUUUAUGUGAUGGCA